AUGGCUGGGUGAAAGGCUUGUCUUCCUCAUUAGCAAAGGAAAGAGAGAGAGAGAGAGAGAAAGAGAGAGAGCAUUGGUGAUGGCAGACGAUUUGUUCGAAGGAUUGCCUCCUCCUUCCUCAGACACUCUUAUUUCUCAACAUCCACGCCAUGAAGAACCAAUUAUUGUUCCUACCAGCAACACGGAAUCCUAUGCAGUUCCAGUUCCGCCUCCUAAGCCAAUCCUCAAAAGUGCCCUCAAGCGCCCCAACCCUACUCAACCUGACACCCAAGCUACAGCACCUAAGAAAAGCUUGAAGUUCAAAACCACCACGGAUGCCUCCCAAGCACAGGUUAUAGAGGCCAUGAAGAAGAUAACUUCACACAUUAAGAACCCUGCAAAGUUCAGCAAGGCUGCAAAGCUUGCUAUACAGCUGAUUCAGGCAGGAAGUGUAAAAUCAGAAGUUAGUGAUUAUUUUUUUGCCAUAUUAGAAGCUGCAAUGUCAUCUUCCAUUACUUGUACAGAUCCUUCAGUGCGGGCAGAUUAUCAUUCUUUGUUCACCAUAGCACAAGACGCCAAAGAACACCUCAAUAAGAAGCAAAAGAAUCAAUUGGAAACAUGGACAAUUAGUGCUGUGGUGGCAAAUGAUUUAUAUACAGAUGACAGCUUCGUGUUUUCUAAAGCAUCUGGGCAAAUCAAGGAAGCUAUAUCUAAUCUUCCUGUUGCAACAGAAGAAGAGGAUGCAGAGGAAGCAAGGUCUCUGAUAGAUAGCACUGUUACGGCAGAUGAAGGUAGUCAAACACAUGAUACAGAUAAGGAUAAUGGUGGGGAGGAAGCUGACCCAUUUGGACUUGAUGCUCUGAUUCCUAGAUCCGCAAAGAAAGGUGAAAAACUAAAGGAAAAGAAUGAGGUAGCUGUGAAAAUAAGGAAAGAGGAUGAGGAAGAAACCAAGAGAUUCCUCAAGUCACAAAGAGUAGCCCUGAUUACUUGUUUAGAGAUUGCUGCUCGGCGUUAUAAAACACCAUGGUGUCAAACUGUAAUUGAUAUUUUAGUAAAGCAUGCCUUUGAUAAUGUGGCAAGAUUUACAACUGGUCAGAGGGAUGCCGUUGGGAAACUGUGGGCUUCCAUAUGGGAACAACAAACUCGUCGGAAGCAAGGGAAGUCAGUUAAUGGAAAACUUGAUGUAAAUGCUUUUGAAUGGCUUCAACAAAAAUAUGCUAGUGAAAAGAUUAGCAUUCGGCAUUCUGUUGGAGCUAGCGGCGAUCGUCGUGCUCAACAAUGGCUUGGUUAAAUAUUCUUGUGACCUUUCUAUGAAAACAAUAGUGAGGAUGAUGGCAACUGUAAAAUGGUUUGAAGGAGGGGAGAUGUGUUAUCGUCCUUUCCUUUCAUUGAGUGUUGUAACUUAGUAGGUCUCAGACAUCUCCCCUGACUGAAUAUCCACAAAACAAUUUGGUAGUAACUGCGGAAUACGUGAUUUCUUUACCCUUUUUUAUUUGUGCACAUAUAAGUUAUUGAUUUGUUUUCAAAACGGAA